AUGGCAGCUUUGCAAGAAAAAAAGACCUGCAGUCAACGUAUGGAAGAAUUCCGCCACUACUGCUGGAAUCCAGACACGGGGCAGCUUUUGGGAAGGACCUUGUCUAAGUGGGUGUGGAUUAGUCUCUACUAUGUGGCUUUCUAUGUGGUGAUGAGUGGGUUGUUUGCCCUUGCCAUCUACACAUUAAUGUGCACAAUAGAUCCAUACACACCAGACUACCAAGAUCAAUUAAAAUCACCAGGGGUGACAUUAAGACCAGAUGUUUAUGGUGAAAGAGGUCUAGAAAUCUUCUACAAUGUUUCUGAUAAAACUUCUUGGAAAGACCUUACCCAGACCCUUCACACGUUUCUGUCAGGUUACACUCCAGCUGCACAAGAGGAAAAUAUAAACUGUUCAUUUGAACAGUACUUCAUUCAGAAAGAAUUUCGUGCUCCAAACCACACCAAGUUUUCCUGCAAGUUUACAGCAGAUAUGCUCCAAAACUGCUCAGGUCUAACAGAUCCUAAUUUUGGAUUUGAGGAAGGAAAACCAUGCUUUAUCAUCAAAAUGAAUAGGAUAGUCAAUUUUCUCCCUAGCAACAACAAUACAGCUCCUAGGGUGGACUGUACAUUUCUAGAAGAGAACCACAAAGACUUCACACCUCUAGAAGUGGACUACUACCCAUCCAAUGGUACUUUUAGUCUACACUACUUCCCUUAUUAUGGGAAGAAAGCGCAGCCCCACUAUAGCAACCCACUAGUAGCAGCCAAAUUCCUCAACAUUCCCAAGAAUAAAGAGGUUAUCAUAGUGUGUAAAAUCAUUGCAGAGAAUGUAAGUUUCGACAAUCCCCAUGACCCAUAUGAAGGAAAAGUGGAGUUCAAACUAAAAAUUCAGAAGUGAAACAAGCACUUUUUGUACUUCAGAUGAAGAUUUUCAAGAAGGCUGGUCGACAUUCAGAAAAUUGUGAACUGUUGAUGGUUUUGUACUGAUUUGCUUCCAACCCAAAUGAAAAUUGGCUAUAAUUUUUUUCUCUCUCAAUGUCAAUUUAUAAGAGGCACAUGG